CACCAAGCUGUGUUUGUGCAGUUGUAGCUUGCAAGGGAACUGGGUAAGCAAACUGUCCAACAAUUUGCUCAGGCUAAACCAAGAAAGCAGAGAGCAGGAGAGACUGCAAAACCGAGGAAGAAGCACAAUGAGUACCGCAGGCAAAGUCAUUAAAUGCAAAGCAGCCGUUGCUUGGGAAGUUAAGAAACCUCUGAGCAUUGAGCAAGUGGAAGUAGCUCCUCCGAAGGCUCAUGAAGUUCGCAUUAAGAUUCUGGCCACAGGGAUCUGUCGCUCAGAUGACCAUGUGAUCAGCGGUGCCUUUGCUAUGCCUUUUCCGAUUGUUCUGGGCCAUGAAGCAGCUGGUGUUGUAGAGAGUGUUGGAGAGGGAGUGACUUGUGUGAAACCAGGAGACAAAGUAAUCCCCCUCUUUGUUCCACAAUGUGGAAAAUGCACUUCUUGCCGAAGUACCAAGGGGAACCUCUGUUCUGAACAUGACCUCAGUGAGGCUCGUGGAUUAAUGCUUGAUGGCACCAGCAGGUUCACCUGCAAAGGGAAAAGCCUUCAUAAUUUCAUCAGCACCAGCACCUUCACGGAAUACACAGUGGUACACGAAAAUGCAGUGGUGAAAAUUGAUACUGCUGCUCCUUUGGAAAAAGUGUGUCUGAUCGGCUGCGGGUUUUCCACCGGCUAUGGUGCAGCAGUUCAAACAGCCAAGGUGGAGCCUGGUUCAACCUGUGCUGUUUUUGGUCUGGGAGGAGUUGGUCUCUCAGCCGUCAUGGGCUGCAAAGCAGCUGGAGCUUCCCGAAUCAUCGGGGUCGACAUCAACAAGGAUAAAUUUCCCAAGGCUAAAGAGAUGGGAGCCACGGAGUGCGUCAACCCUCUGGAUUUCAAGAAGCCCAUCAAUGAAGUGCUGUUUGACUUGACUGAUGGUGAAGGUGUAGACUACUCGUUUGAAGUGAUUGGGCGUGUUGACACCAUGACGGCUGCCCUGGCAUCGUGCCACAGCAACUAUGGGACCAGUGUAAUUGUGGGAGUGCCUCCUUCCACCUCUACAAUUGCUGUUGACCCGAUGUUGCUUUUCACAGGCCGUACCUGGAAAGGAUCUGUUUUUGGAGGGUGGAAGAGCAAAGACUCUGUCCCCAGACUGGUUUCUGAUUUCCUGGGGAAGAAAUUCAUAUUGGAUCCAUUAAUAACCCAUACACUACCAUUUGAAAAAAUCAAUGAAGGAUUUGAAUUGCUCCGGGCAGGAAAGAGCAUCCGCACUGUCUUGACAUUUUAAUAUCUUGCGGUGAGAAGAAGGAUGACAGAGUGAACAAUAGAGGAAGCUACUACUCCCAAUGUCUAUAAUCAAUAUGAGUGCUAAGUUUGUUUAUAUUUUCAUUUUCUUCUCUUUUGUCCUCAUGUUUGCUUAAUGGACCAAAUCUGAAGAGGUUUGCUUUCUCUCUAGCUAAGGAGUUGAAAACAUGUACAUGCUUGAGAGCUUAGUUGACCAGGUGAUGGCCAAAGGUAAUCUAAUACCUUCUUUUGGUAAGGUAUUUUCUGCACAGUAGCCUCUCUGUGCUUCCAAAUAAA